AUGCCCAUCUUUCAGGCUGACCUCGACCACGAGCAACGCUCUCGUUGCCUCGAUCCCGAACCUAUCGAUAUCCGCCCGUUGUCUCCCAUUCUCAGACGUCUUUCCGAAGAAAGUCUGCGCACCGAACUCUGCGAGGGCCCUAUCCCCGACAGUCCGCCGUAUCAGUCAACACCGCAGAGGAACAGCGGCGAUGGUGCAGUCCUCGACCGCACGGAUCUGAUUGAGCGGCUGAAACGCGGAGAGAACUCGGCUUGGAUUCCCAGUAGACAAGUGCGCUCCAUGGCAGAUACCUGUUUUCAGCUGUCGUUCACUUAUGCUGACCCCAUCUCGCAGUGCGAAUCCGUGGUCGGGACGUCUACCACCACCGCGCACGCCUGCAAAACCUCCCGCUCCUCGUCCCAGUCGUCCGGCCUCCUCCCGCCAGCCCCGAUAACCCCGGAAAAGAACCGCACGACACAGGUAUACCCAGACGAGCGGCUGCAAGACGGGCUGAGUAUUGAGCGACCCCGCUCAGCGCUGCAUAGCGGGGACUUUACGCACGAUGAGAGACGAGAUGACGGCCAGCGCGGUCAUGGCGCCACAAGACAAAAGUUCCCCCAGCCCGUGACACAAAGCCCGUGGAUCGCUACGUCCCCUCCGCGAGAUUUUACGCCGUUCCCCUUCGACCACAGGGUUUCCCUGCAGGGCAUAUCACAGGGCAUCCGGCCAGUUGCGUCUCCAUUGUCGUCCUCGCUGUCCUCGAGUUUCGCCUAUCAGCCUCCCACCAGUCCUCUGGUUCAGUCAGAGAGCAACGAUGAGCUCGACUUCGCCCUCGAGCGUGGAGCUGCCAACUUGUCUGCAGGCUUUCACAGCUCCAGACGCCACACGCUCAACUCAUCUCACUCCUCGCCUUUCGGCUCCCCGUCGCCUCGGGUAUCCAUAACCGCUUGGACGCCGCUGAGACGGGACGGGUCCCUCCCUUACCAGGCGCAUCAGCCUCGUAGGUCUCUCAACUCGACGCCAAGCUUCCUUCAGCCAGGCUCCUCACCGCAAACUCCCCUGCUACGAUCGAGGCGGCCGUCUUUCAGCUCGGAUGCCUCCCCGAUCCAGCACGCCUCCAUGGUCGGGUCAUAUGAAGAAAGCAUCCUUCGGGGUCGCAUGUCAACCACUCCCUCGAAGCCGUUUGACUUUCUGGCACAAAUAGGAGUCCUGGGCAAAGGAAAGUGCAAGCCGACAUUGCGUUGCCCGGAGCAUGUCACGCUGCCGUUUGCCGCUGUGUACUACAGCUACGGCAGUACUGCCCAUGGGAGGUCGCGGUCCAACGACGGGCCCAGCCCCUACGUUGGACAGAUUGACCUCGAAAACGGCCUCACCAACCCCGAGGAGGAGCUCAGGCUGAGAAGGAAGGCUCAAAGCCGGUAUUCCGAAAGAAUGUCGGCGGAAGCCGACAUCGAAAUGACUGGUUCCGGCCCCGAAGUGGAGCAAAAGCGAGCGCCCAAGACGAAGCGGCGCUCCGGAUCGCCAAAGAGGCCACCGGGUGGCAGUUAUCGAAUCCCCGAGAAGGGACAGAUCCAACUCAUCAUCAAGAAUCAAAACAAGACAGCCGUAAAGCUGUUCUUGGUCCCCUACGAUCUCACCGGCAUGGAGCCAGGCACCAAGACGUUCAUUCGACAGCGCAGCUACUCAGCAGGUCCCAUCAUCGACCAUGUCCCUAAUCUCAGCGAAUCCGACAGCAUGAGCCGGCCCAUGCUCCGCUAUCUUGUUCAUCUGCACAUUUGCUGCCCGUCAAAGGGCCGAUAUUUCCUGUACAAAAGCAUUCGUGUCGUUUUCGCCAACUGUGUGCCCGAGGGCAAGGAGAAACUGCGCAACGAGACGACGUGGCCGGAGCCGCGCUUCACGCCCUACAAGCCCAUCCGCGUCAUGCAUCCUCCCGCGUCGUCAUCAACCGGACCGGCGGCCAUGCUCGCAGCGGAGAAGGCUUUCAGGAGGAGAAGCCUGGGCGUGUCUUUUGGCGGAGCGGCGAACCGCGCGUCGUUCGACAUACUGGAUGGCUUGGAUACCAACGGCCAGGCCAGCACGGGCACCGCGAGCGGAAACACGCUACCGAUUGAGCCGAUACCAUUCAGGCUCCCAACCCCUCACGUGCGCGGAAGCAGUGACAUCAGUGACUCGACAGCCAUCACCGCAGCUGGACUGCGUUCUCCCGAGUCGUCAUCACACAGUCGGCCUUCCACAAAGGACUCGUCCGGUGCUAUCCCUUGGGGAGCUCCGCAAUACGAGAAGCUCAACAAAGGCGAUGCCGGUUACGGCGGCUACAAUUUCAACGGCAGCCCAACCGGCAGCGGGUCUCCGGUCGGCGCAGAGGGCUUGCUGUCUCAGCGACUCCGCUCCUUGGGAGUGAAACCGAAGAAGGCACCACCGGGCUCACAGGACGACUAA